AUUUCCCUAUUGGUCAGAAAGACUGUCGGUCAAUCUAUUGUCCCGCUCCACAAUUGCACUCCUCCCCUCGCACGUUCGUCCUGUCUCACCUAGCGUCGCUCAGCGGGUCAUGACCUGAGGUAUCUGUGGGUGUGGAGUUGUGCUGCAGAGACUAUUCGGGAACCAUCAGUGUGGAGUGCUAUCGGAGGACUGGAGAAUUGCAAGUAUUGUGCCCCAUUUCAAAAAAGGAUUGUAAAGAUAAGCACAGCAUUUACAGUCUAAAUAUUGAAGAUGUUGUCGCGACUUAAUUUGGCUGUAAGACCAUGUGUACAUAUGUGCCGUUCUGUCCACACGAAGGAGAAGGGCAAACCACUGAUGUUGAGUCCCAGAACAAAUAAGGGCAUGGCAUUCUCAUUAGAGGAACGACAGAUUCUUGGCCUGCAUGGACUUCUACCUCCUAAAAUAGAAACACAAGAAAUUCAAGCAAUGCGCUUUAAACAGAACCUGGGAAAAAUUAAUGAUCCUCUAACAAAGUACAUUUAUGUGAUGGGGAUACAGGAAAGGAAUGAAAAACUAUUCUAUAGGGUUUUGCUUGACAACAUUGAAGAGUUGCUGCCAAUUGUUUAUACACCGACAGUGGGCUUGGCCUGUUUACAGUAUGGACACAUCUUUAGAAGGCCAAAGGGUGUCUUUAUUUCCAUCCUGGACAAAGGUCAUAUUAGAUCAAUUCUUGACAACUGGCCAGAUAUGAAUGUAAAGGCUGUAGUCGUAACAGAUGGAGAACGGAUAUUGGGACUUGGCGAUCUCGGUGUUUAUGGGAUGGGGAUCCCAGUUGGAAAGCUGUGCCUAUAUACAACUUGUGCUGGAAUUGAUCCCCGUAGUUGUCUUCCUGUUUGUAUCGAUGUGGGCACUGACAAUGAGAUGCUGUUGAAAGAUCCCUUUUACAUGGGUCUUUACCAGAAGAGAGACCGUUCACACCGCUAUGAUGAACUUAUUGAUGAAUUUAUGGAAGCAAUUGCAGACAAGUAUGGUCGCAAUACCCUUAUUCAGUUUGAAGACUUUGGGAAUCAAAAUGCCUUCAGAUUUUUGAGGAGAUACCAAAAUAAAUAUUGUACGUUUAAUGAUGAUAUUCAAGGCACAGCAGCAGUAGCACUGGCAGGACUGUUCUCAGCCCAGAGAGUGAUUAACAGACCAAUCAAGGAUCACAGGUUUUUGUUCCUAGGAGCAGGGGAGGCAGCCCUGGGAAUUGCUGAUUUGAUUGUGCUGGCCAUGAAAGAAACUGGAAUAUCAGAAGAGGAAGCUCAAAAGAAAAUAUGGAUGUUCGACAAAUAUGGCUUACUUUAUCAGGGUCGAUCGCAGCCAAUUGACAAAAACCAAGAACCUUAUGUCCACACUGCACCUGAUCAGAAAAUUGAGACAUUUCUGGAUGCAGUUAAUACUUUACAGCCCACUGCUAUUAUUGGGGUAGCAGGUGCUGGAAGACUGUUUAGCAAAGAUGUGAUUAAUGCCAUGGGAAGGAUUAAUGAACGACCUAUAAUUUUUGCACUAAGUAAUCCGACAGAGAAAGCUGAAUGUACUGCAGAGGAUGCAUAUACUUUAACUGAGGGAAGGUGCCUUUUUGCCAGCGGUAGUCCAUUUGACUCGGUGACUCUGCCAGAUGGACGUGUAUUUCAACCAGGACAAGGAAAUAAUGCUUAUAUCUUCCCUGGUGUGGCACUGGCUGUAAUUCUUGUUGGGGUUCGUACUAUCAGCAGUCACGUUUUCUUGGCAGCUGCAAAGGCACUGGCCGAGCAGGUGACCAAUAAUGAGUUAGCCCAAGGGCGCCUUUAUCCAUCCCUAUCUAAGAUCCGUAAAGUCUCCGUUCACACUGCAGCUAAGGUUGCAGAAUACUUGUAUACAAAUAACAUGGCAUUCGAGUUUCCAGAACCUGAGGACAAAGAAGAGUAUUUUCUGUCAAAGGUUUGGAAGACGGACUAUGAGUCAUUCCUUCCAGAUGUUUAUGAUUGGCCAGAGUCUGCAACAAGGCUACCUAAGUUGUAGUCCUAUGCUUUGUUUAAAGAAUUUCUUAAGCAUGUAUUUACUAAUUAUAGGAAUGUUUUCCAGCUGGCAGCAGACCCCUCUUUAAAUUCGCUAACUUGCCAAUCUCCUUUUUUGUACCUUGCAAAAUAAUUUUAUGAACUUGAUCUGUUUUCAUCUUUCUUUAACCAAUAUUCAUAGGAAAUGUACAACUUAUUUCUAAGAAAGAAAGAACUUUGUUUAUACGGUUUUCAUUGUCUGAGGAUGUCCCCAAGUACUUUAUAGCUAAUUUAGUCUUUCAAUGAUUGUAGUCAUUGUUCUGUACCAAAUGCAGUUACCAGUUUGAAAUACAGAUUUCUCUAAUCUUUAAUCUGAAAGGUGGUCCCUCCAACAAAGCAGGAAUACCUGAAUCUGUCUCAUUUGUGUGCUGAAAUCUUGAAGUUUUUGACUUGGCUCAGUACCCAGGCUCUCGAGUUAAGUUCAAUGUUGCAGUACUUUGUAUGCACUUAAAAAUUAAAAAUGUUCUAUCACCUUUGGAAAUCUGUUUUACUGGUAAAUCAUCAAAAAAGCAUUAGGAAUGAUACUCCUUUCCUCUGAAAUUGUAAAACUUUUCACUAUAUGUUGGGUGUAAGGGUUGAGAGUAUCCAGGAAAUGAUAACAUUUUCUAUAACUGCAAAGUUUGUAAUUGGAAGACCUACCUGAAGAUUCUGAUUUAUUUUUACAUAUUGAAUCAUAUUUUGGAUACUAUAUGGUGAACUUGAAGGACAGAAAUGUCAGGAAUAAAAGAUUAAAAACAGAAAUUCUGUAAAUUUUUGGGUCUUGCAACAUGUGCAAGAAACAGCACUAAACUUCUCUGUUCCAGUCUCUACCAAUGCUGACUGAGAAUUUUCAGCAUAUUCUUUCCAGAUUUAGGGUAUCUUGCUUUUGUAUCAUGAGUUAAUCAGCUGGCUGAUAUUUGAAAAGGAAAACGAGCACUGCUUUGCUUGUCAUGAUUUUUUUAAAUACUUUUUUUUUUGGGUAUUAAACCAUUGGUGAUAAGAUUGCAAUAUUAAUGAUUCUGCCAAUGUGUACAGAGUUACUGUUGGUCUAUUUCAGUGUCAAUGUGCUGGCUGACCCCUUUGGAUCUUUUCAGAAAUCUGUAAAAUCUAUUGCCUGAGCCUACCUCCACAGUGCACUUGACAAGCUCCUAUAGGAACUUUCUGCUCAAAAUCCUUGGCUUGAAAUAUACCUUUACCUAAUUCAUUACAAACUAAAUGAAAAAAUGAGUUCUUGAGUAGUCACUAAGGAAUAUUGGAUUACAGGGUAGUUAGAUCUGUUUCACUUCUAAGUUUCAGUUGGUAGCUAUUCUGCAAAGGCUGAACCUUUAUACAAUGGAAAGGGUGGCUUUAGGUGGAAAAACUGUGAAUCCAUACAAGGCAAAUAGCAAUUUAAAAGAAAAUAUGUGCAAUUUCGAAUGUCUUGUACGUGUUUGCUCUAAAUCUGGACUAGCUGAGUGUCAACUAAAUGGGAUUAAUUUGAACUUUCCCAAGAUAAAAAACCAAAUGGUAGCAAAUUAGUUGCUCAUUUUAAACCUUUAGUGUUGACCUCUUCCAUCAUUUGUUGCUUGUGUGAUAAUAAAGGAGUGCAAUUUCUGGUCGCUUUGAAAUCCUGGAGAUGGUUGCAAAGAAUUGGGCUGGAAUGGCACUAGUAUGUUUUGAGGCUGUUGAUUGAUUGAGCCUGUUGAAUGUGUCUACACCUAUGAAGUGUAGAUGUAUAUUUUUGAGAUCAGUAACUUUUAAAAUGGACUAUAGCUGUAAUACUUUUUGAAGCUUAAACACAAUUAUGAUCAGUAGUGUCACUGUUCAGAGAAAUAUGGGAAGAGAAGUAGCUGUCUGCAAAAGAAACCAGGAAGGUUCUCAAAGCACUUUCCAAUUCAAAUCCUGCAUUUGGAUUAAUCAUUUUUCAUUAAUAGGACUUUGAUCUUGGGAAUUGUUACCUAAAACUUUGUCUCUGGUUUACCCAAAACACUUGUCAGAAUGGAAUGCACUGAAAGACAUGCUUGUAUAUGGUAAAGGUUUUAUUUAUUGAUGAUCAGUGGUAACUUCUUGACACUAUACUGAUUUGUUGGUUUUUUACCAUGAUUCUUGAUUCCCCUGCCUUGGAAUGUAGGCUUUGUGAUUUAACAACUUUUCUUCAUGAAGUCUUUACAUUGAAUAUGAACAACAUUGGCAGAUUUACUGAUGGUCCAUGUGUUAUGUAUUGGUGUUUGUCUGUAACUGCUUACUACUGAAAUAAUAAAACAGUUUCCAGUA